CUCGAUACCUGCCAUCUGCCAGCAUCUCCUCUCCUCUAUCCGUCGCUCGCGUUCUCCCUUCUUUUUAGGUUUUGUGAACUGGGGUUUCGAUUCACUCGGGCAUAUCGUGCACCAUGGUCGCCUGUGCCGUCAGGAUGCGCACUCCCAGCGCCAUGUUUCUGUCCAAGGGUUUCCCCAGGCCCCGGAGCGUUUACAGGCUGAAAGAUGCCGUGAAGCCCCAGUUGCCUGCCCUAUCCGCUCUUUCCCGUUUCUAUGCAUCGAAAUGUAUGUCGCGGUUCCAUCAACUUCGCGGGAGACUAUCAAGCACGAGGCCCCUGACAUGUUGAAAAUCACAGCGUUCCCCCCACACACCCUCAUCAGCAUGCCUGCAUUGUCUCCGACAAUGUCCGCUGGAAACAUCGGUGCAUGGCAGAAGAAGGCUGGUGACAGUCUCAACCCCGGUGAUGUCCUGGUGGAGAUCGAGACCGACAAGGCACAGAUGGACUUCGAAUUCCAGGAGGAGGCUACUCUGGCCAAGAUCCUGAAGGAAACUGGCGAGAAGGACGUCCCUGUUGGAGCUGUAAGUACCUUGCUUCUGACAUGAGUAUUGUGAUGGUAUCCUGUCGUUUGCUGACCGAUCACACAAAUCAGCCUAUUGCUGUCAUGGUGGAACAAGGAGCGGACACUGCUCCAUUUGAGUCAUUUACCCUGGAGGAUGCAGGUGUCGAAAAGCCUGCACCAAAGACGGAAGAGCCGUCGCAGCCUAAGGAGGCUACUGAAGCCGCAGCUCCGGCAGAGCCCGCACCCGCUGUUGAGGAACCUUCGACCGGGGAUGAGAAACUUCAGCCCAGUCUCGACCGGGAGCCUAAUAUCAGCGCCGCUGCCAAGCUACUGGCUUUGGAGAAGGGUGUUCCAGUUAAGGCUAUCAAGGGCACUGGACGCAAUGGCCAGAUUACCAAGGAGGAUGUUGAGAAGUACAAGCCCAGCGCCCCUGCUGCUGGACCAGCAUACGAAGACAUUCCCCUCACAUCGAUGCGCAAGACGAUUGCGUCCCGCCUCCAGCAAUCUACCCGGGAGAACCCCCACUACUUCGUUUCAGCCACACUGUCAGUGAGCAAGCUCCUGAAACUCCGCCAAGCCCUUAACGCAUCUGCCGAGGGCAAGUAUAAACUGUCUGUCAACGACUUCCUCGUCAAGGCUUGUGCUGCUGCUCUUUUGAAGGUCCCUGCAGUCAACUCCAGCUGGCGUGAGGAGAACGGCCAGGUUGUCAUCCGUCAGCACAAAACCGUUGAUAUCAGCGUCGCUGUUGCUACCCCCGUUGGUCUCAUCACCCCUAUCGUCAAGAAUGUGCAGAACCUUGGCCUAGCCAGCAUUUCGAACACAAUCAAGGACCUUGGUAAGCGUGCCCGCGACAACAAGCUCAAGCCCGAGGAGUACACUGGCGGUACCUUUACUAUCAGCAACAUGGGAAUGAACCCUGCUGUUGAACGAUUUACUGCUGUCAUCAACCCUCCUCAGGCUGGUAUUCUGGCUGUUGGCACUGUCCGCAAGGUUGCGGUUCCCGUUGAGACAGAGGAGGGUACAUCUGUUGAGUGGGAGGACCAGAUCGUUGUCACUGGCAGCUUUGACCACAAGGUUGUUGACGGAGCUGUCGGAGCUGAAUGGCUCAAGGAGCUUAAGAAAAUCGUCGAGAACCCCUUGGAGCUUCUACUAUGAGCUCGUUCGUAGCUUAGUUCUGCCAAUGCUGACAACCUCGAUGGCGCCGGCCCUACUGUAUUUAUGAACGGUGUUGAUCUUUUUUAGCCUUGUCUAAUGUGUAUUAAACUCAUCUUCCUUUUUUUAUACAAUGUGACAUUCAGCAUUCCUUUGUUCC